AUGUCCUUCAAUUAUUCUGCGGAACUUGUUAACGACUUGGAAGCUCUCCUAUGUAGUAGUGAUGAAUAUGACUUGAUAAUAAGAUGUGGAGAAAACGACGAAGUAGAAGAAAUAGGAGCCCAUUCAUUUCUUCUGCGAGCGCGGUGUGCUUACUUUAGAACUGCGCUAUCAAAAAAAUGGCAAGAACGCGAGAAUGGAAUCAUUAAAUUUUCAAAGCCUAAUAUUGCGCCCAGAAUCAUCAAGAUAAUUCUGAGGUAUUUGUACACGGGACUAUUUCGAAUAGAUACACUACCAUGUGAAGACCUAUUAAAACUGUUAAUAGCAUCAGACGAGUUAUGCCUUUCAACACUAUUCAACGAAACAGAGUCGUAUCUAAUUGAUAAACGGCACGAAUGGCUCCUUCAGAAUCUCGUUACUCUUGUACAAUGUUCCUACAAAUUCUCGGCAUUCGACAAAUUGAACUCAUUCAUACUAGAAGCAUUCGCAAAUAAUCCGAACGUCAUUUUUAAAUCUGAAAACUUUCACAAACUUGAAGAGAGCAUUUUGAUCGAAUUACUAAAACGAGAUGACCUUUGUAUGGAUGAAGUCGAUAUAUGGGACUGUGUUUUAAAAUGGGCCUUUGGCCGAACCGAGUCGUUGGAAGGUAUGACAUUGCAACAACUGUCGAACGAACAUUGGACAGAAUUACGAAAAACACUUGAGAAUUGUCUUCCAUGGAUUAGAUUUCACCAGAUGAAUCCAGAAGAAUAUUUUACAAGAGUACGCAUACCGUAUAAAGCUCUUUUAUCGACUGAACUGGAUGAAGAGAUACUUCAUUAUUUUCACAUUCCCAACUUCAGGCCCUCGUUCAACCCCCCACCCAAACGUCAUGGAUUGAUUGAUUCCACUAUAAUAGGUUCUCGUCAUGCGUCGUUAAUAUACUCUACAAUUAUCAAAUCCGUAGACAAGUCAUUUAAAUUCAAACUACUUUUUCGUGCAAGCUCACACGGUUUUCAGCCGAAUGUAUUUCACUCGAGAUGUGAUUUUGCCACCAGAACUAUCGUCGUUGGAAAGAUCGCAGGGAGCCAGGAUAUAAUUGGUGGAUAUAAUCCUGUAUCAUGGACUCAAGGAACCCAGAUGCUAUUUGUGACAAGCUGUGGUCCUUGUGAUGAGCAAUGGCCAACUGUGAGGUAUUACAGAUUUACCAUGGAUAGUUUUCUGUUUGCAUUUAAGGAUGGGGAGAAAGAUCAGUAUCGCAUAAGCAGAGUAACUACGGCCUCCCAUGCUAUUCUAUGCACCCCCGGUUACGGACCUAGCUUCGGUGAAUCCGAUUUGAUAAUCACUGAUCGAAGAGGAUGUUGUAUGCCCAGGAGUUAUGAAAGAUUGCUAACGCAGACUGGAGUAUUUGCGUUUGAGGACUAUGAAGUUUUUGAAGUAAUUGUAUAA